UGCUGCGUAAUGUCGAAAUUACUUGGGUAUUUCCAACUGUUCCUUGAGAUUUUCCUUGUAAGCGAGACGUCCUGAGAUUCUUGCCAGUGACCGUCUGUUGGCUUAUGAUUCGUAGGAAUUUACAGUUGCCGGACUCUUCCAGGAGCGGCUACUGGGGAUCGUGUGCUUGGAAAUGCUUGAAGUUGGCUUGAGGGUUGUACGUGGCCAGGAUUGGAAAUGGGGAGAUCAGGAUGGGGGAGAAGGCCAUGCAGGGACUGUGGUCGAAAUAGGAAAGCCACCCGUUCCUGGGAAUUCCGGUUCUUCAUCUAAUUCUACCGAUAAGACUCCAGAUAAAACAGUCAUAGUUCAAUGGGAUCAUGGAUCGAGAAGCAACUACAGAGUUGGAUAUCAGGGAGCUUAUGAUAUUCUUGUUUUUGACAAUGCUGCUGCAGGAGUGAAGCACUCAAGUAUUAUUUGUGACGGAUGUAAAAAACAUGGAAUUGUCGGUAUUAGAUGGAAGUGUGCACAAUGCUUUGAUUAUGAUCUGUGCACACAGUGUUACAUGUCAGAUAUUCAUGAUUUGAGUCAUACAUUUCAAAGAUUUCAAACAACGAAUUCAACUGGAGUGCAAUUGAGUACAAGAGACGGUUGUACCAAAAUACCAUUGAAAGGAAUUUUUAUUGGAGCAAAGGUAGUACGAGGUCCUGAUUGGGAAUGGGGUGUACAAGAUGGCGGACGUGGAAAAACUGGCAGAGUAAUGGACAUUCGAGGUUGGGACAAUGAGAGUGGUCGUUCCGUAGCCACUGUAACCUGGUCCACUGGUAGUACCAAUGUUUACAGACUUGGCUACAAGGGCUGUGUGGAUCUCCGUUACAUAGAAGAAGCCACUUGUGGCACCUACUACAAGGAACACUUGCCUCUAUUAGGACAACCAGUAAUGACAAUGUCAGAAGGUGAUCAAAGCACAACUCCCAAUGGUGGUGGUGUUGGUAGCAGUGCACCAAGUCCACGUCAUUUGACGUUUAACGUUGGGGAUAAGGUGAAAGUCCUGAAGGAAGUUGAAAUGUUGAAGGAGAUGCAAGCUGGUCACGGUGGAUGGAACCCACGCAUGGCUGAGUACAUCGGAAAGAUUGGCACUGUACAUCGUGUCACGGACAAGGGUGACAUCCGAGUACAAUACGAGGGCUGCAACAACAGGUGGACCUUCCACCCUGGAGCAUUGUCCAAGGUUAUUACCAAAGACUCAUUUUCUCUUGGCGACAUAGUCAGAGUAAAGACCGAUGCAGCGGUUGUUAAACAUUGUCAAAGAGGUCAUGGGGAAUGGAUCGAUGUCAUGAGAACUGCUCUUGGGAAAACGGGUAAAGUCAUUAAAAUAUAUCCUGACGGUGAUCUACUUGUGGCACUGGAGGGUCAUACCUGGACAUUUAAUCCUUUGAGCGUAAACUUAGUACCUCCGAGCACAGAUCCAGCCAACAUGAUGCAGGGUGAAGCCAAUAGACGUAGGGAUCGAUCAGUUGGCUCGACACUUAGUGAGGGUGCGGAUAUCGAGGUGGAGAAGCUUCUGCGUGAUGCAGCACGUGGUGAAGCUGGUGUUGCUGCCGUACGCGAAUUCCUCCGAAAAUAUCCAGGCAAAGUGGAUGCUCGAGCAGGAGGUCCUGGUGGUGGUAAAAAAACCUGUCUCCAAGUAGCCGCUCACCAGGGUCAACGUGAACUUUGUAAUCUUCUUCUGGAUGCUGGAGCUUCCCUUCGUGCUGUUGACGAAGAUGGUGACACUCCGUUGCACUAUGCUGCUUUUGGAAACCAACCGGAGAUAAUGGAACUUCUUCUUUCUCGCGGUGCAGCAAUAGAUGCUGUAAACAAUGGUCGUUGCAGUGCGUUACACGUGGCUGUGAAUAAGCAGCACGCUGCUUGCGUGAGAGCCUUGCUACGUCAUGGAUGUGAUGUAAACUUACAGGACUCUUACGGCGACACAGCACUGCACGAUGCGAUUGGUAAGGAUGCCCUGGAGAUAGUCGAUGCACUUUGUUCCUGCGAGAGGACCAACUUUACACUGCGCAACAAGCGUGGUUUUAAUGUUCUGCAUCACGCUGCUCUUAAGGGAAACGCUCACGCAACGGAGCGACUGGUAGCCAGAGCCAGACAGCUCGUGGACGUAAAGAAAGAGGACGGAUUCGCUGCACUUCAUCUUGCUACAUUGAACGGGCAUCGCGAAGUAGCAGCUAUAUUACUUUCCCAAAAUGGUGGUCGUGCCACGAUUGAUCUGUGGAAUAAACGAAGGCAGACACCCUUGCAUUUAGCCACAGCUCAGGGUCAUUGGGCCCUGGUCGAACUUCUCAUCAAUCACAAUGCGGAUCUCGCGGCUACCGAUGAGGACGGAGAUACCGUUCUGCAUCUUGCUAUUUCGAAAUGCAGACACCAGCCAGCUACUGUAGCAACUCCAGAAAGUAGUCGAGACUCGCCCUUUAUUCAUGCGAUCUGGCAGGACCUUGCGAGACAAGGUGCAAAGACUGAAAUGGCUCUUGCUUGUUUUCUUGUCAGUGUCGAUACCACUGAACUCCUAUUAGAUCAAACUAGAAACUCGAAAGGGAAGACGGCUCUAGAUCUUUUAGAGACGGAUCCAGACGCUCCUGCACUGACUGCUCUUUUACUCUCUUAUCAACCACACAGACGCAAUAGCAACGACUUGGUCCCGUCCGAGACUGUUUCAUCCGGCGGCAGUGUAGAGACACCGACAUACGAGAUUGAAACUAUAUCAGAACCGGAAGUCACGAAUGAAGAAUCGAGAAAGCCUCCUAGGAGUUCCGGUGGCUCUGACCAGUGCCGUGGAUGCUCUGCGUUACUGACUCAGGGUGUAGAAGAAACUAGAAUAACAGCCGGAGGCAGUGAGACAUUCGUAGGCUGCAUACACUGUGGUCACACGGUACCAAAAUCUCAGAUUAAUCGAGAUGGCCAUGGAUUCAAAGAUGACAUGGCAGAGGGCGAAGACCGAAAAAGGGAGGGUCUAGACGAUAGAAGAAAUGAAGACAAAGCAAAGGACAAGGAUAUAGAAAAGGAAAAAGAUCUGGAACGGCUACGCUACUUAGAGACAAGGGUAGCCGAUCUCGAGGAAGCGAACAUGUGCAGCAUCUGCAUGGAGCGUCGUAGAAACGUCGCUUUCCUCUGUGGUCACGGCGCAUGCGAACACUGUGCCGCGCCCUUGAAAACCUGCCACAUGUGUCGCAAGACUAUAACCAAAAAGAUCAAUCUCUAUUGAACGAUAAUUUAUAACAAGCUGACAUAACUGUCUGACACCGACUGUCUACUCGUCUACGAGGGAUCCAACUGCCAAAACAUAUUUGUAGUAUACUCCUAAUUAGGAGCCACCAAUCUCUUACUUGCUACUCGCGUAGAUGAUCCUGAUGAAAGGAAUUCCGACGAUUCUUGCCUCUCGUUUGAGCGACGCGUGUAUAAAAGACAAAAAACAAGUAUAUCAUAUACCAAUACAAUUGUGCCAUAAUAAUGACAUGAGCCACAAGACUUUUCUAAGACUUUGCUAAUUCUACUUACGUUGACUCGUAUCUAAUAUUCCUAAUUGUACCGUGCAAGACGUCUAACAAUGGCGAAUGUCAAUUGUGAAUAAGGAGGAUACGUUACUAUUAUUUUUAUAUCCGUCCCAGGUUUGUCUGGUGUCCAGUAAUUCUUUCUUGUUUUCUUAGAAUCUUUACAUCUAUUCGUCCCUGUUCUUUACUGUGUAUGCAUAUACACAGUAUAUUCAAGGCUACUGCACCACCUGAAGAUGCUUCUGUCCAUUUCAUUUCUGCUAAUAUCCUACAGGGUAAAAUCAUCUUCAGGCGAUACAAUUGUCCUGAAAAACCGUGUAUAUAUAUUUAUAUAUAUGAAGAGCGCGAGAAACGACGUUUCCCGUAUACACGCGUCGCGUCUCAUAUUUUUAGUAUUUGCCUUGAAUAUUGGUAUCGAGCACUGUAUAAGCGUUACUACGACUUUUAUCUGACUUAUUUUUUCUCGUUACGUAUUUAAAGAAACAAAAUCGGCACUUACAGGGUACAUACGACGAGAGCUUGACGUUCGAAUAGAAUGUAAGAAUCGGAAGAUUAACAUCCGAUAACAGUUCGCGAUUGAAUCUAAAUAGAUUAUUUUAUAAUUCUAUCUCUUUGUCGUCCCUUUGUUCUCUUAACAAGUAGCCGUAUUAAAGUCGUAAAAGUCUGUAAGCGCGAAACGUUUUUUUUUUAUCGUGAAAUCGCGUUUAGACAGAUUCGUCAUAAUCCGUAGCCGCGCGACCGAAGAUAAAUAUAUCCGUGUAAGUUUCUACAAUUGUAUGUAAUUUAAGAGGUAAUUUAAAAUAAAUCAUUUGAAGCUAAAUAUA